UUGUAAAUUGACAACGAGAGGCAGCAAAUGACAAAUCAUAGCGAGCCCUGGCAAUUGGAUCAGAUAAUAUUGAAUAGGCAGUGUAAAUUUGGAUGAAAUUAUGGGUAUUGGCCUGUGAAGAAGUGGCAAUAUCGGGAUGCUAAAUUUUUGCAAGAGUACGGUAUGCAGCCUUGAACUGUGGAUGGGAAGCAGCGGUUUAUGUAGUUUCUGUCUCUGUCUCUGUCUUACAUCAUUUUUUCAAGUUUCUAGAGGACCUCAGCUUCUUUACAAGUCCAAUUUCAUAGCUUUCUUUGUAACCAACCAUGUUCAAGUUUAAAUAUACUUGGCUUUCUGAAUCUUCUACUCUCUCUAUUCAAUUCAAAAGAUAUCUUGUACGUGUUUCCACUUUAACUGACUCUGAAACUGAAAUUGAUCAUUCCUUAAAUUCUUCCAUAAUCCAAGAUAAAGACUUGCUCCUCAAAAGCCACCAACAUUCAGGUACCGGCCUUCAUGUUCUCGACCUCGUUAACCGCGGGUCAAUGGAACCUGAUAGAAGUUUAUACAAUACGUUGCUUAAAAGAUGCACCCAUUUAAAGAAACUUAAAGAAGGAAGAAUCCUUCAUGCCCAUAUAGCUGUAUCCGUCUUCAAGGAUGAUCUUGUCAUGCACAACACAAUUAUCAACAUGUAUGCUAAGUGUGGUAGUUUAGAUGAUGCUCGCAAGUUGUUUGAUGUAAUGCCUGUCAAAAAUAUGGUUACUUGGACUGCCUUGAUCACUGGCUAUUCUCAGAAUGACCAACCUCAAAAUGCUCUUGUUUUGUUCCCUCAGAUGUUACGGAUUGGACUGAAACCCAAUCAGUUUACGUUGUCCAGUGUGUUAAAGGCGUCUGGAACUAGGCCUAGUGAUGAGUUUGGCAAGCAAGUUCAUGCGUUUUGUUUGAAAUUUGGUUACGAUUGGAAUGUUUAUGUGGGAAGUUCCCUUUUGGACAUGUAUGCUAGGUUUGGUCGAAUGAGGGAUGCCUGGUUGAUCUUUAAUGAGCUAGAGAGUAAGAAUGACGUUUCUUGGAAUGCUUUGAUUGCUGGCCAUGCUAGGAAGGGUGAAGGAGAGAUUACUCUCGGGACAUUUUCGAAAAUGUUAAGAAAAGGCUUUGAGCCUACCCAUUUCACAUAUUCUAGUGUUUUUACUGCUCUUGCCAGCACAGGGUCUCUGGAGCAAGGCAAAUGGGUUCAUGCACACGUGAUUAAAUCGGGUGGAAAGCUUGUUGCUUUCCUAGGAAACACUCUACUUGACAUGUAUGCUAAAUCGGGUAACAUUGAGGAUGCUAAAAAAGUUUUCAAUCGAUUGUUGAAACCAGAAGUGGUUUCUUGGAAUUCAAUGCUUAUUGGAUAUGCCAAACACGGGCUAGGCAAGGAAGCAGUGAGGUGGUUUGAGGAAAUGCUGAGAAUUGGAGUCGCACCUAACAAAAUAACUUUCCUCUGUGUUCUUACUGCUUGUAGCCAUGCUGGGCUUUUGGAUGAAGGGCAACAUUAUUUUGAAGUGAUGAAGAAAUACGGCGUAGAGCCACAGGAGUCACAUUAUGUGACUAUUGUUGAUCUUCUUGGUCGAGCAGGACUUCUUGAUCGAGCUGUGAAGUUUAUAAGAGAAAUGCCAAUAAAACCCACUGCAGCUGUUUGGGGAGCCUUGCUUGGCGCAUGUAGGAUGCAUAAGAACAUGGAAUUAGGUGCUUAUGCUGCUGAACGUGUUUUCGAACUUGAUCCACAUGAUUCAGGGCCUCAUGUAUUGCUUGCUAACAUCUAUGCCUCUGCUGGUAGACUGGGUGAUGCUGCGAAAGUGAGGAAGAUGAUGAAAGAGAGUGGGGUAAAGAAGGAACCUGCUUGUAGUUGGGUAGAGACCAAGAAUGCAGUUCACAUGUUUGUGGCGAAUGAUGAUGCCCAUCCUCAGAGAGAGGAGAUCCUCCAUAUGUGGGAGGAAAUUAGUGGAAAGAUCAAAGCGAUUGGUUAUGUCCCAGACAGUAGCCAUGUACUCUUCUAUGCAGACCAGCAGGAGAGGGAGGCAAGGUUGCAGUUACAUAGUGAGAAGCUUGCUCUGGCAUUUGCACUUAUCAGCACACCUCCUGGAUCCACCAUUCAGAUCAAGAAGAAUAUCAGAGUUUGUGGUGAUUGUCAUUCAGCCUUUAAGUUUGUAUCAAAGGUUGUGAAAAGGGAAAUCAUUGUGAGAGACAAGAAUCGGUUUCAUCAUUUCUCUAAUGGUUCUUGUUCCUGUGGGGACUACUGGUAAUGCAAGAUAUCAAAUCCCAGUCACCGACAAAAGUAUGAGCUAAAGAAUUUGUUGAUAUGAAACUACUCAAUUACCCACCCCUCUGAGAUAGGAUAUGUAUUGGCAAUGAAUUAAAGUUUUAGACUCCUGACUUGCAAGGAAAAAUUAACUUGUUACAGGGGCAUUCAUGAUCAGUUAAUGGGGGCUAGGAGUGCUAUUUUGAACCAAAUUUGAGGAGAAAUUACUUCCCAUUAGAGUAAAGCAAUACCUGAUGGCAAUCUCUUGUCCAAUUAAAAUCAUUGAUUGCUAGGCAAUCAAUGAAAAUCUGGCAUACAUUCAGGGGACCAAAGGCAGAAACCUGGAAGGUCCUAUGCAUCUUAAGGAUUUUCAUUUUGGAUAAUGUCAUUAUUCUUUGAUACCGAAAGUGGGUAGAUUAACUAGGGAGCAAGCACAAGUUUUGACAGGUUUAGAUACUGAAUUCAAUGAAACCGGUGUCAUAGAUUAGUUAGGGUGAACUCAUUUUGUCUUUCCUUAUAAGUUUCAAAUACUGGAAGUGUAAU